AUGCCAAGAAACCAGUCUUAUAAUGAGAAACAAGACGACGAGGAAGCCUACCAAGAAACCAUUGCAAAAUAUGGAGAAUUGGUGCUAAGCCUUCCAAAAGAGAGAGGCUGGAUCCAAUACCAAGGCUUCUGGCUUUCCCCUGCCUGCCCCUUCAAAGGCGCCCUGCUGCUCCAGCACCAUUUUCAUGCUCGACCAUCCGAUAUAUUCUUGGCCACCUUUCAAAAAUCUGGUACAACAUGGCUCAGAGCACUCAUGUUUGCAAUCAUGAACAGAGCCCUCUACGACGUGUCCUCUGAUCACUGA